AUGGAUCCGCAUUCCUCCUUUGAGAGUCCCUGGACUCUGGACUCUGCUGCCCCCGAGGGUCCAGUCUGCCGCUGGGAGCUGCCCACAGACGAUCAAAACUACGAGAAAGGCCGCGCAGAGCGAAUGAAAGGCCGAAAGAUUCGCCUGCGUCAGACGGAUCUCACCGUGAAGACGGCGGCGGAGUUGCGAAGAUUUGCCCACUUUCUGGGCGUGGAUGUUAAAGACUGCUUAGAGAAGGGAGAGCUGGUCGAGAAAAUUGGGCGAUCGCCACAGGUGCUGAUCGUCUCUGCGGAUGAGGCUGAGUGCGGCUCGUCUCCAUCUAUGCCAAGGGAACCUAUGUUCUCCCCGGAGGAUUUGGAAAAGACGAGUAUCAGCGACUUGAAGGCCAUCAUGGAAAGAUUGGCCGUGAAGGGUUCUUCUUCAAACGAGAAGGCUGAGCUGAUAAGACAUCUCCAUGAUGCGGGCCUCGUGCUCAGUGAAGCCGAGGCGCGGUCUCGCAGAGAAUCUGCUCAGACCACCGCGGAUGUUGAGAUGUCAUCCUCGAAUCCGACACCCAGCCCACCUUUGGCGCAACGCAGUGUGGGACAGCUGAAGGCCUUGGCCAAGGAGUUGGGCAUUGGCUUGGACGGGUGCUUGGAGAAGACCGACAUCGUGAAUCGAAUCGAAAGCUCGCCGGCCUUCAAGUGCUGA